GUGUUUUGUGCCGCACGUCAGAUGAAGUCUGUCCCAGCUGUGGAAACACCUCACCGGCUUUCAGCUUGACUGACGCGCCGCUAGACAUAUACAAUCCCUUCGGCCGACCUGCCAGAGUCUCUCCCGAGCUUGCUGUACGAUAGGAUGUCCUGCAGUCCCGAGCUGAAAGAAGACCCCAUGGAGUGCCCACUGUGCAUGGAACCGCUGGAGAUCGACGACGUCAACUUCUUCCCCUGCACCUGCGGCUACCAGAUCUGCCGCUUCUGCUGGCACCGCAUCCGCACAGACGAGAAUGGCCUCUGCCCUGCUUGCAGAAAGCCUUACCCGGAGGAUCCAGCAGUAUACAAACCACUGUCACAAGAGGAGAUCCAGAGGAUAAAGAACGAGAAGAAGCAGAAGCAGAAUGAAAAGAAGCAGAAGGUGACGGAGAACCGCAAGCACCUGGCCAGUGUCCGUGUGGUGCAGCGCAACCUCGUGUUCGUCGUGGGACUUUCUCAAAGACUUGCGGAUGCAGAGGUUCUAAAGCGCCCGGAAUAUUUCGGAAAGUUCGGCAAAAUCCAUAAAGUGGUCAUCAAUAAUAGCACAUCGUAUGCAGGUUCACAGGGUCCUAGUGCCAGUGCCUAUGUAACUUACAUUCGUUCAGAGGACGCCCUUAGAGCAAUACAGUGUGUGAACAAUGUUAUAGUGGAUGGUAGAACACUCAAAGCUUCUUUAGGUACAACAAAGUACUGCAGUUAUUUUCUCAAAAACAUGCAGUGUCCUAAGCCGGACUGCAUGUAUUUACACGAACUGGGGGAUGAAGCGGCUAGUUUCACAAAAGAAGAAAUGCAGGCUGGGAAACAUCAAGAGUAUGAACAAAAAUUACUCCAAGACCUUUACAAAUCGAACCCCAACUUUUUACAAACCUCAGCAUGUGGAGAGAAGUCGAAGAGCAAACCCAAUUCCACUCAGAGACCCAGUAGUACCAGUAAAGAAGGGUGGCCCUCAUUACAGAACUAUGGGAAAAUGGUUAAUGGUUUAACCACAGAGCAUCGCAAGUCCCCUUCUCUUUUAGACUGCCUAACAGACACAGACCACAUGACUCCAGAAGAACCAGACCCUGAACAGGGAACAGAACAGAACACAGGCCUUCCACCUUUCCCAUCAGCCUUAGAGCCUACCAGUCCAAUUGGCAAAAAUUCAGAAUCUAUAAAUCUAGGAAAUGGGGAAACUAUAUCACAGACAUCCAGUAGCGAUUCCCCUUCUCCUCCACCUGGCCUUACUAAACCCAGCCUCGUUGUGCCUAUCAGCGUGGCCGAACUCACAGCACGCUCGCCCUUCGAGGGGGCGGCGACAGAGUCUCAGUCUCUUUUCUCAGACAACAGCAAUUUCAGACAUCCCAACCCCAUCCCCUGCGGCCUGCCCCCCUUCUCCAGUUCACCACAGGGAGCCUCUGACUGGCCCAUGACUCCAGAACCACAGAGCCUUUUCACCUCAGACACUAUCCCAGUGUCGUCCUCUACUGAUUGGCAGGCGGCCUUCGGUUUUGGCUCUUCAGCCAAGCAGCAGCAGCAGGACGAUGACCUCGGCUUCGACCCAUUUGACGUCACACGGAAGGCCCUGGCCGACCUCAUAGAGAAAGAGCUGUCAGUCCAGGAGCAUUCCCCCCUCUCUCCCAAUCCCUCUUCCCACCAGACCAGCCUCCCCAAUGGCCAACAGCGCCUUCCCCACCUCCAGCACAGAGGCCUCUAUAACUCCUUCAGCCUGCCCCAACACAUGGCCGCACGCCACCCCUGGAUGGGCCUCCCCACCCGCAAUAACCUCACACACUUGAACCACACGGCCUCAGCUGCGCACAGCCAUUUCUUAGACCUGAGCAUGCCGGCCCAGCACCACAGCACCGGCCUGGGGGGGAUUCCUAUAUCAGAAAACAAUAGCUCUGUAGAAAAUAUAAAUGUGAAAGAGUGGCAGGAUGGACUGCGAGCACUCCUACCAAAUAUCAACAUCAACUUUGGAGGCCUCCCGAACUCUACCUCUUCCUCAUCUUCUUCCUCCACUUCCAGUGUGAACCACAUUGGGGUGCCAGUAGGCUCGACUGGAAUCUCACACAGCCUUAGCUGGGACAGUACGGCCAGUUGGAUAGAUCCCGCCAUCAUCACAGGUAUCCCAGCAUCCACAGGCAACAGUUUGGACUGUCUCCAGGAUGACAAUCCGCCACACUGGCUCAAGUCCCUGCAGGCACUCACAGAGAUGGACGGACCGCCCAGCUCCAGUCCACUCAUACAGCCCCCGCACACCGGCCUCCUGGACGCUGCGGCCCAACUCUCCUUACACAGAGCCGCCUGGGCCCCUUACCUCCCUCCUCCCACACUAACCCCAAGUCAGUUCCACUCCCCACCUCCAGGCUUUCAGACAGCCUUCAGACCCCCAGCGCAGACGGCCACAGACAUCCUACAGAGUGCCGGCAUUGACCGUCACUAAAGACAACCCUUUCUCAAUUAAACUGCAUCACAAAUAUGAAACUGCAAAUAUACCCCUUCCAUUAAUAACAUAACAUAAGCUCUUGUCUUUCUACCCUUUCACUCUCCAUCCCUUUCCCAACAGGAUUUUUUUUGUCUGUUGUCAGAUUUUUUUUAAAAGGCACACAUACAUCUCUGUGUGAUGAGCACCAUCAGUGUAGGGUAAUGAUUGGGACAGACACUGAGGGUCCUAACACAUUUACACGCAAACACCUUCACAUAUGAUUCUGGUUAAAAAUAAAAGUGUCUGAUACUGAAAUGUGCAGAGGAAACCAUGAGCACUGAUGUGUGCAUGUGACUAACAACGGCUAAGCGGAAUGUUCUUAAACAAAUAACAUGUCUGUUUUGCGUCACUCUAUCCAAGGUACAGACUGUAAUUUAAUACUGUGAAUCUUUACAAUUCCUAUAAGUUAGGUCUCACUACCAUUUGAAGGAAAUGGAUUAUAAGAUACAUCGAUGUAAUGCUCUUGACUUCUUACACGUUUAAUGUUUACGAAGCCAGAGCUGAGAUGUUUGAGUGCAUUUGUAGAAUCCAAAUCCUGGUUCUCAUUAGAAGGUACUCCAUUAAUCACAGAGUAGUACCUUCUCUAAUCUUAAACUGGGACCCAUUUUGGAUUCAAGGGUUUGCCUAAGCAUCUUUGGUCAAGCAUUUUAGUGUGAGACCUGACAUGCCACUACACAUUGUCUACAGUAACUUUAUUCCCAUGAAGGGAAGCGAGAAAGACCACUGUGGAACUGUAUAUUGGCUUGACUAUAGAAUAAGCCAUUCAUACAAGGUAUGAAUCAGGAAUCAAGUCUGGAACCUUUGAAAGGAUGGUGAUGGUAACAAAGGAGACAUGUCAAGACAUGAUUGCAAAUAAAAUGAGUGUUGAAUGCUUGAAGAUUGAAGCUUGAAGGCACACACACUAACAUGCCACCAUUCCAAGGCCUUCAAAUGAUUUCUACUCUCAUCUGUGUGGCCAUACUAAACAGUAUUUAUCAAAUGCAAUCACUCAUUCUUUCAGGAUAAAAAAAAAUCAAUGUAGUUCAACAUUUGGGUUUAACAUGCUGCUGUGAUCAUUUAAUACAAAAUAAAGCGCUAAAAGAGAAGAAUUGACCCCUUUUCUGCUGGUCUGGAACAGUGAAAUCUUAAAUAAAAAUGAGUAUUCAUUG